GGUUAAAAGUUAUCUAACGUUAGCGUUCUUGCUUGCCAGUUGAUAGCGUUGAAUUGCAGGUGGUGGUUUGCUAUUUUAGCUCGCUCUGUUCUCAUCAACAAAGAUCAUUAUUAGCUAGCUACCUAGCGCUAGCACAAGUCAAUUUAGUGCAGACACAGGUCUACGGUGCAGACUAGUAGCUAACUUGCUAUAUCAUUAGCAAAGAGGCUAGUGCCAUAAAAUACCAUAAAAUGCACGUUCUGACAUGGUAGCAACCCGCAACAUUAUGAAUUCAAAGAAAGAUGAAUGUUAACCAGGCUGAGGUACUCAAAUCAACUAGAUGGAGAACAAACCUGGAGAAAGUUAACAUAACCAAGAGGACUAAACAUUCCAAAACGAAUGGGGUUACUUUGAACUCCAUACAAGUAAAACGGGAACCAAGAAACUUUGAGCAGAAGGAAAUUGGGGACGGUGACCGUUCCAAACUUUCCUUGCUGAAGAAGCAUGUCAAGCAACAACAAACUACAUCCAACCAAACGACCAUUGGUAGUCAGAUAUCAUGGAGUCCUCUAGUGCUGUUAACAAGAUUGUCUAAGGUGGUGGUUAAGACUCUUCGGAGAGAUACUAAAGUGUGUUUGGUGAAGGAAGAGACAGAUGCCAGGAGGGAUGAAGACAAGGGAGUCUUGUCUCCUCAGUUCUUUCCUUGUCCACACUGCACCAUCUCCUUUACUGACUGUUACUUCCUGGAGAACCACAUCAAGAACAAACACCAGAAGCAGUACCUGGCCAUGUUGAAAAGCCAAGUCUCAAAGAGUAAAAGAGUGUAUGGCCCCACACACAGCUGUCCCCACUGUAGCUGCAUGUUCCAUACACCACGACAGCUAGACAUUCAUACCCGCCAGGCCCACCCCUCUGCCCGUCCCCAGAAACCUGCCCAUCCCCGCAGGGUUCCGGGGAAACUCCACCCCUGCCCGCAGUGUGCCCGCAGAUUCCCUUACCUGGGCACCCUGCUGAAGCACUGCAAGAAUUUGCACAAAAUGGCCGUUGUUCGCAUCGAUGGACACCUCAGUUGCGCGGAGUGUGGGAAGAGCUUUGAGAAUUGUUGGGGACUGGGGCCUCACCGGUGUCACGAACCAGAGGGCACUAAACCUAAGGACACUAAGCCUGUGAUAUGUCUGGAAGUCGGCUUCCAUUGUUCCGAGUGUGGCAAGAUCCUCACUACUCCUACAAGCCUGAACACUCACAUGCGCAUCCACACUGGAGAGAAGCCUUAUGAAUGCAAGGAGUGCGGCAAAAGAUUCUCGAAUAGCAGCAGUUUAGGCAAACACCUGCUGAUACACAAGGGGUUCAAAGAAUUCAAAUGCCAGGAUUGUGGGAAGGCUUUCGCCCAGGCAAAUCUUCUCAGGAAUCACAUGACUGUUCACUCUGGUGAGAGAAAGUUCUCCUGCUCCCAUUGCGACAAGCGGUAUGCAUACAGGGGUAGUCUGGAGCUUCACCUGCGCACACACUCAGGGGAGAGACCUUUCAAAUGUACUGUGUGUGGUAAAGACUUUGCUGACAAAUGUUAUCUGAAAACACACCUGAAUAUCCACAACAACCAGAAAAACUACCAUUGUGGGGUUUGUGGGCGGAAGUUCAUAAGGCUUGGGUUGUUGAAGUUACACAUGCGCUCACACACCGGGGAGAGGCCCUACCACUGCACAGUGUGCGACAAGAAGUUUUUUAGACUCUCACACCUGAAGAACCAUCAUCUCACUCACACAGGUGAGAAACCAUAUACCUGUACAGAGUGCGGUAAAAGCUUCACUCAGUCUGGAGAUCUGGCUAAACACAAGCGCCACCACACUGGGGAGAGGCCAUUUGAAUGUUCUGAAUGCCACAGCCGUUUUAUCUGUUCAGGUUCUCUGACCCUGCACAUGAGGACCCACACUCACCGUGAUGUAAAGCCAUUCUCCUGCCAAGAGUGUGGGAAGAGCUUUUAUGAACAGAGUCAUGUAAAAGUCCACAUGAAAAUCCACAAUGGGAAACCGUAUUCCUGCCCCCACUGCUUUGUUUGCUUUGCUCGCAAGAGCAACCUUUCCAAUCACCUGUCUAGAUGUCCUCAACUUAAAUGAGUUAAACCUAUGAAUAUGGGGGGGGGGGGUUCGUUCCCUUCAGUGAUCGAUGCUGGACAACAGAUCCGAACUGUACCCCUACUGUGUAUGGUAACUCCAUAUCACAGAAUCGACCUAUGAUACCACAAUGUCUUUAGCAAUACUCCAAUAUGUUCAUAUACAUUAAAUUGUUAGUUACGUUUUUGUCUGUUUUUAACCUGUAUUUUAUAUUUUUUAAAUAUGUACUGAAGGGACAGUGAUGUACAGAAGAUUGUUUGACUGAUUGUCCUAGUGAUUAGUAUUUGAUGAUGUUUUGAAAAGAUGAUGGGAUGUUUAUUUUCCUUUGUGUUUGUGGUGUAUACCUAGAUUUGGAAGAAGAGGAGCAUUUAUGUAACGGUCACACCCCUAGUAUUGUUAUAAACAUGAUAUUAGAUUCAUGGGGCUCCCGAGUGACGCAGCGGUCUAAGGCACUGCAUCUCAGUGCUGGAGGCGUCACUAUAGACACCUGGUUCGAAUCUAGGCUGUAUCACAACCGGCUGUGAUCGGGAGUCCCAUAGGGCGGCGCACAAUUGGCCCAGCGUUGUCUGGGAUAGGCCGGUGUAGGCCAUCAGUGUAAAUAAAAAACUUGUUCUUAACUGACUUGCCUAGUUAAAUAAAAUAAAAAUGAAAUGUAAUUACAUAAAGACCACUUGAACAGUUUGAACACAUGAUUUGUUUCAGUCCAUAAGCCAUCAUUGGCCUGCACUGGUUGUAAUAUUGCAGUCCUAAACUUGAGGCCAUACUUCUGCCAAGAAUGUGGGAAAAGCUUCUAUGACCUGAAACACUUUAGAUGCCACAUGAGGACACAUGGGUGAGAGAUCAUACCCCUUCCCCCUUGCUUCUCCAGCUUCACUCACAAACCAAAUCUCUUGAAACACCUGCCUAAUGUUGUAAAUGAUCAUGAUUUGCCUUUUUGAUUUAACACCAUAUAUAAUGAAACGCAUUGUAUUCAUAGGGGUGGCAGGGUAGCCUAGUGGUUAGAGUGUUGGACUAGUAACCCCCGAGCUGAGCUGACAAGGUACAAAUCUGUCGUUCUGCCCCUCAACAGGCAGUUAACCCACUGUUCCUAGGCUGUCAUUGAAAAUAAGAAUUUGUUCUUAACUAACUUGCCUAGUUAAAUAAAGGUAAUAUAAAAAAUAGGUAUCACUUGGAGAUGACUCUGCCACUGUGAAAUUCUAACGUUAUAAUGGAUCGUCAUUAGGUUAUAGUUACAUUGUUUAAUGAACUAUGUUUUGUACUUUUUCUGUAUUUUUUUCUUCAUUUCUUCGCUUUUUAAAUGAUAUACACGAGAUUUGUAUGCCGACUCCUGGUGAUGACUGACAAUAAAGAUGCCAUAUUUCACAAA